UAGACUAGCUGUAGACAUUAAUCGUAAUGGAAGUUACGGUUACACAUAUGAAAAACCCAUUCUCGUUCUUUUUAAAAGAAAAGGGUAACGAGUCUGAUCGGCCACUUAAAGAUGAGGAUCGGUGUGAUCUGCAGAACACCUAUUUGAAAAAACAGUGGUCGGAUGUGAAUCACGGAAAAUAUGUUGCUGUAUGGCACCAGAGUAAAUGGACCCGUGGUAUUGUGCACAUGGAAACCCAAGUUUUAAUCUGGUUGGUUGACUGUGGGUACUACGUACGACCGGAUGAAACCAUGGUCUAUGUGGAUUUACCUCCGGAGUUUAAGAAACUGCCUACUAAGGUGUUCGAAGGCAGUAUUCAUGGAGUGGUACCAAUUGAUAAGGCACUCUCAGAUGAAUGUGAAAUUAAAGAUGUCAUUGCCACCACCUGGAAUCAUGGAUCCAUCGAAAAAUCCCAGAACAUAAUCAAUCAAAGCAGGGCUAUUUAUUUUGUGCCCAUAGCCCUGUUGUGUACUAAAGGAAAUGAUGUUGUACUCGGGGACCUGUAUGUGGACACUCCUUGCCAAGGUGUGGUUAACUUUAUUGACCUCAUGGAGCUGUGGCCGGUGCAUCUGCAGAAGAACCCGGCGGUGUACAUUCAAAACAUUUUCACGUUUUAUUCGAGCCGGCGUAAACACCACGCAUGCAUCCUCAAGCCGGUGAUGCCGAGAGAACUACCCGUGGUGACUCCCGCCGCCAUCACCCUCGACCAAUACGAAGCCAUCGCCAAAGACGCCCCGCAGCUCGAGCUGGCCGACAACGCCAGCACGGACGAAUGUAGCACUGUCGUGACCAACCGCCAGGAUAACCAUCUCACGGCAGAUGAGAUUGAAGAGUACUCGAAGAUGUAUAUCAAAGUCAAUGGCAUACAGUAUAACGUUUUGAAGAUAAUACUUAACAAAUGCCACGAUUUGAGCAUGUGUGAAAAGUAUAAGGAUAAAAAGUCUGUCGGAAGGGCGACUACGCGUCAUUCUACUUUCUGUGGCUAUCAACGCCGGCAUUUUGAUGAUUUCGAACAGUUUGCUUAGAAACUAUUUGCAGGCGCUGCAGUCGUCCAGCCUCUAGCUUUCGACUGCAGUGCCUACAAGUGUCUAUGCAGAUUGCUUAUCCAUUGGUUGUUUUUAAUUCUAGUGAUGAAACAAGUCCGCCUCGCUUUGCCUUGCCGGUGAAUAAAUGUUUUAUGGAAGUUUUGCGGUGCUGUAAUUGUGCAGUGAUGUUUUUUAAGGCGUGUGGGAUAGUUUAUUUUUCUUUGGUUAUAUAUUGUAUGUAAACAGGUAUAUGUACCUAUACCGAGUACUGCUAUAUUAUGUUAUGAUAUAUAGCAAUACAUAUAUUUCUGGGUGCCUUACACUAAAUAUUUUGCCAUUUAUAUGUUACGUUACGUGUGAUAUAACUGUUAUAAGUUACUUCUUUAUUGAACUUAUCAAGCUGCUUAUUUCAUUACAUAAUUAUUUUUAAGAAGGUACACUUAAAAGCUGGACUUAUAUUUUCUUGUAUAACAAUGAAGCAUGCGUUCACAUUGCGAAGGUACAAUAAGUAUGUUAUUUUGGUAAGCUACUUCACAGGUACCUUUUUUCUUAUGAUAAAUAUGUUUGUAGGUUAAUCUCUCUAUGAUUGAAAUCAGGGUUUUAUGUAUUGUAAGAGAACACAUAAGGCUUGUUAAUUAUACUUAGGUAUUACAAUGGUUUAUUAGGUUAUAGUUAAGAAUUACCGCUGUUGCUAACGAGAAGUUUAUAUUUUUGUUUAUUAAGUAUUUUUUCGUUUUUAUUUUAUUUUGUGAGCAUGUUAGUCAUAUCAUAGUUUAAGUUGAAUGUUGAGUUUCACCUGCUUACUGCAGAUGCUGUUAAAAUAAUAUACAAGUAAAUUCAAUAUGUUUACGAGUAUACAACAAGUGAUACUGAGUGAGUAUUUUAUAUUAUAAGUAAACAAUUGUAUCUAAUACUUAUGGUAUUAGACGUGUGGGUUUAGGUAUACCUAUGUCUCCAUAACAUAUAUAUGUUUAAUUGUUGUUUAUCGAGAGUUACCUUUUUAAGUUUGAGAGUAAUAUGCUAUUUUUUUUGUUCUUAAGACUUUUGGUAUUAAAAUUAUACUUAGUUUAUGUUUGGAAUAUAUAUUCAAAGGCGAGGUGUAGUUAUGCUGAUUGGUGCGGUGCG